GCGCUACAGAAAGUUGGAGUGAGGCCACAGACGCCGGCGUGAAGUGAAGCAGAGCUGUGGAAUGGAAGGCCGCGUGCAUGCCAGGACCUGCGUGCGCACCAGAAAACGCUCGUCCAUGGGGGAGACGAGCAUUCGAUUUUCUGCCCCUACGAGUGACAUGAGGAGGCUGGCACGUGACCAGGGGAGGUUGACCACCAAAGCAUCGGCGCCAUCAGCAUAUGGUCAUGUGUGUCCAUGUGGGGACCCUCCCGCUGCUGCUGGCGGCGGUGGUGGUCGCCGUCGACUGGAACGGUGCAGCUCAGGAUGAGUGCAAGGACUACGGGGUUCAGUUUGAACGGGUCUUCUCUGUGCCGGGCGACGCGGCCAUGAUCAACUGCACGCUGGCGUCUCCCGACGUCUUCAACUUGUCGGCGGAGUCUUACGAGGUCGAGUGGUACCGCGCGGAGACGGGACGACGGCUACGCGACGUCAGUCGUCGCGUCCUCGUACGGGGGGAGACCCUGUGGUUACUCAACGUCAGCAUGCGGCACGACGGCCAUUACCAAUGUGUGCUCAGGACGAGCGCAGGUCGCUGCUACAAGCAGUCCACCAGGUUGGUGGUGGAGCGUCCUCCGCGUGGCGAGUGCGGGCGUCCACGCAAAUCCACUCAGUUCCUCACCGUAGGCGUGACGGGCACGCUGUCCUGUCCAAUCAGAGACGUCCUCAACGAGCUUCGCAUUUACGGCGUCCCCGCCUCUGUCACGUGGCACAGAGGCUGCGACGUGAUCGAGGACGGCUUUGAGGGACACGUGUACCGCGACCAAGUCUGGCUGAAAAUCCGAGACGUGGACUUGCGAAACAACGACUCGUACACCUGCACCCUCCACUUCAACCUGGGCGGCGUCGCGGCGUCCAUUUCGGAGACCAUCGAGGCCUGGGUACAAGAGGAUUACUGCUUCCUUCCCCAAGUGGUGCAGCCAUCUGAUGAUAUUGUCAAAGCAGCAAGGGGGUCCCGAUUGACGCGGACGUGUCGAGUGUUCGUGCCCUGCAUUGGCACUGUGCCCGAUGACCCCAACGUGGACGUUCUUUGGUUGGACGACAUUGAUUUCAUUCCCACCAACAACUCAGAGAGGGUCUUCGCUUCGGAACAGCGCGUGUGGCGUGUAAGCGAACCUCGCAAAGGCGUGUGGUUGGAGACCGUGCUGACCAUUUCCUCCCUGGAGGAGGACGACUUCCUGGUCAACUACACGUGUCGUGUUUACAGCGCGCGAGGCUUCCCUCAGGCUCACUUCGCAGUGCUGCCUCAAGAGCCGGGUGUCGAGGUGGCCCUCGGGUGUGCCUUUGGCGGCGUGGUGGCGCUCGUGGUGGUUGCCUUAGUGGUGUACUUCCACUUCAAGAUUGACAUAGUGCUGUGCUUUCGGAGCUCCUUUCCAAUCUUCUACGCAAAUGAGGAAAAUGACGGUAAGCAUUUUGACGCUUACGUGACGUCCUACUACCCGCCCGGCUGCCAGCCGGACGUAAGCCAGGGGCUGCUGACGUUUGCGCUUCACGUUCUGCCGCAAGUGUUGGAAAAAGCUUGCGGCUACAAACUCUUCAUAGCCGGACGGGACAGCUUGCCAGGACAAGCCAUGGUAGACUCGGUGCACGACAACAUGAUGGCCAGCCGCAGACUCCUCCUUCUCUACGGCGCCUCGUCCUUCACCUGCACGCACCACCAGCUCGACGACAAACAAACUAACAACAACAACGUGGGCGAGUAUGCGUGCUUGGAGCCCCAGCGUCAACACGAGUGUGCGGUGGCUAUGCAUCAAGCGCUCAUGGAAGGAACCCUCAAGGUGGUUCUGGUGGAGCUGGAGGAGGUGAGCCCGGCUCAGCUGGCUCUCUUCCCGGAGUCUCUCCGUCACCUGCGGAGGAAACAGGGCGCCGUGUGUUGGUGGAAGAACCGCAAGCGCCACAGGCAGAACCAGGAGCAGGACAGCUGGACCGCCGGCACCGGGAAGUCCUCCCCACCCAGGACCAGCUCACAAAUUCAAGCGUCACCGCCGUGCCUGUCUCCUUCGUCCAGGUUCUGGAAGCAAAUACGUUAUCACAUGCCAGUCAGGGGGAAAGGGGCAGCGCGCCCCGAAAAGACCGCUCUCCUCAAAAUGUAGCCGCUGUCAGCUGGACCAGGAUGAACGAAGGAUGGGUGGGUCACCAGUGGGAGGGGCCUCACUUUUCGCUAAUUAGCUUGGUGGGCUCGGUGUACGACUUGAACAGCACCACAAAGCCACAAUUCCCCUGGUGGCAUUUUGCUGCUAAAGUGCGCCAGUGGUUAAGAUCGUCGCCUGCCACCACGCGGGGACCUCUGUUCAAGACCCUGACUGGACCAGCCCCAGGACUCGUGACUGUGAUGCCCUUGAUUAAGACACUGAUACCCCGAACUGCUCCCAAGGCCCUUCAGUUGCCCCCUCCCCCAGCGCGUUCCACUAACAAGUGUGUGGGUAAAAUGCAGUGAACACAUUUCGUGUACAUGCGUGCACCUUCGUGACAUUAAAGAUGAUUCUUCUUUGAAGAUAUUUAUUCAUCGUCCGUUCCGCUUAUCCUCACAAGGGCGCGGGCGUGCUGGAACCUUUCCCAGCAAACGUCGGGCGAGAGGCGGGGUGCACUCUGAACUGGUCGCCGGCCAAUCGCGGGGCACAUACAGGAUACACACACUCACAUUCCCAUUUACGGAUAGUUUAGAGUCUUUGAUGAACUGACCGGAACCCGAAGAAAACCCACCCAGGCACGUGGAGAACAUGGAAACUCCACAGCGGGAUUUGAACCCUGGUCUUCAGAACUGUGAGGCGACACUCUAACCUGCUGCUUUGGAGACAUGUUUUUAUACAACUAAAAUUUCUGUAUAUUCUAAUUUGAGCACCAUUUGACAGUAUUCUUAAUAACUUUUAUUUUUGUGUAAUUGAAAUGUACUUUUAACAUUUUAUAUUGUUCUUUUUUUAUACAUUUUUAGUCCAGAAACGAAUACACUAAUAUUGCUAAUAACAUUUUACAUUUUAAAAGCAUUUUCAGCAAUGUAAAUAUAAUUUUAAUAAAUGCUUUAAAUGUCA